AUCAGGGAGAGUCUGCUGGCCUGGCCACUGUCACCUCCUAAUAGCCUUCAGCUGGAGAGAAGUAGGAUGUAGAGAGAGAGCACCGGCUAGAAAGGGAGAGGGGGAGAGCGAGGAGGGGCGAGUGAAAGGAGAGCUGUGAUCCAGACAGCGAAUCACAUGAGCAGAGAUCUGUUUACAAACUGAGCAGGAGAGAAGUCAUCGGCACCAUUACGUGGAGGCAGGGCUGCCGGAAAAGGCAACAGGAAACGCACAGGAAUCUCAUCACUUUGUCUGGAAAAUGCCUUUUAUCCUUUGUGUCUUUGCAGCGCAGAAGCCAGACCAGAUGGUGUGAGGAAGACCCAGCUUUGAAUGGGCUGCAUUCACAAGCUCUCGCUCUGACGGCUGUGUGCCACCGCUCUUCCUCUUCCUUUGUUACUGGGGAAAACGCUUGAUUGUAACGUGAGGGUGAUAAUCUUGAACAGGAAGACUAGUGGAAAGUGGCUGACGACGAGAAGGGGUGAGCCUUGCGACAAUGUUUUGAAGAUAGACUAUGAAAUCUGUGACCCUUUGUAAUGUGCAUUGUCUCUCUCACUGUUUUGUUAUCGUGACUGUACAGAGAGGUAAAAAAACAAAUGAAAAAAGCCAGUGACAACAACUUCACGUCAAGCGGGGGUAAAUGGUGAUCCAUGGUCGAUGUCAAAGAUUCUGUGCUGCCACUUGGUUUGGAUCAUGACGCUGGAAAAAAAAGAGCGCAUGGUGUUCUUUUAACUUGCCUGUGGUUGAACAAAACAUUGUAGAUACCAAGAAGUAGGUGUUGAUAUUUGUUCCCGUGUUGACACAGGUUUCAACAAUGACUGACUUGGCUUUGUAAAUGUUUCAACACAAAGAAAACAAAAUCUCCCAUGCCUUCCUCCAAACGCCAGUGAGGAGCUGGUGGGUGAUCGUAAUGUGUUAACCAGAGGCGCUGAAGAUUCAUAGCCAGGUUUUUGUGGUGGGAGUUUUGGGAGUGUAAAACUUGUAUUAUUCCUCUGGUUUUGAGUGAGGGGAUCAACCCACUCCUUUGGCCAGGUUUCAACACUGUCUCUUUGGACACAAGUUACUGGAUUAUUUGGUAUAGCGGAGCAAUCUAGCACCAAUCCAGUGGCGUAACGGUGAGUAUGAAUCAUAACCCCCUCCUCCUCUUCCCUUCAUUUCUAAUGGCUACAUAAUCUGGACAGCUCCAUAACCAUGUGUUAUUCACAGAGCCCCUGACCCUCCCACUGGCUUCCUAUCAAUGUUUAACUAAAAUCCUCCUUAUAUUACUUCCACCCCCUCCUUCACCUGAAAACCCAAGCCUUUUAACCUUUCUCCUGAUGGCACACUCUCUUCCGAGACCUGAACUUGUGCGCAGCUUAGAGAGACAGACAUGUGUCUGUAUCUAUUGUGUGAGACAAAAUAUUGUGUGGUUGUUUGGCAGCGUUCGACCCUGAGGUCACUUAUUAUUGUUUCCCCCCAAAUGGUGCUUCCUGCCUGGAUUGGUGAGGCCUUCACAUUUCUUGCCUCCCCCUCAACCCCUCACAGAAAGACCAGAUGGUGGCUUUAUGGCAGAAAGGGUGCACCACUAAUGUUUGUCUUUCUGCACAGACCAUUGGCCAGGCUUCACUCUCGUUGCCAAACACUCUCUUGCUCUUUCUUUUAAAAAUCUAAAUCUGUAUACAGUAAGAAAAUUCAUGAUUUAACGGUUGAAUAAUAAGAAACGAAAUAUAUUACUUGCAUUUAAAAGGCUUAAAAUUAAAAACACUAAAUACUGUUUAAAUCAUUGUUAACAUGUUUAUUUAAUACAUUGUCACUCCAUUAGGAACAAGUGGCCCUCAAGCACCAUUUUUUCAGUUUUCAGUUGUAGCUGAUUGAUAUUCUAAGCUAAAUCUUAGUGUAUUUUCAUUAACUCCAUUUACAAAAAAAGAGCACUGACAUCUUUUUUACACUGAAUGAAUACAGUUUUAAUUUAUUAAAGCAUACUGAAGAGAAUAUAUAGCAUAACAACAGCCUUCUUUUUAUUAUGUUGUCUGUGUGUGUGUGUGUGUGUGUGUGUGUGUGUGUGUGUGUGUGUGUGUGUGUGUGCUCUUGUUUUUGGACAUAUAAGGACACAACUCUGUAUAAUGACAUGGGUAUGACACAGGUAUUACAAGGAGAGGGUGGCUUAUGAGGACAUAACCCAUGUCCCCAUUUUUCAAAACGCUUAUAAAUCAUAAAGAAUUAGUUUUUUUUGAGAAAGUAAAAAUGCAGUUUCCUGUGAGGGUUAGGUUUAGGGGUAGAGUAAGUGUAGGGCCAUAGAAUAUACAGUUUGUACAGUAUAAAAACCAUUACGCCUAUGGGAUGUCCCCACUUUUCACAAAAACAAACAGGUGUGUGUGUGUGUGUGUGUGUGUGUGUGUGUGGAGCGUUUCUUGUCUGCUUUCGUUUCAAUCGGCAGGCACAGUGUAAUGAAGUGUUGAUGUCUAUUCUUUAUGCUAACAGUGUUUGGGUCUAUGGCAGUCUGAAAAUACUGAACAUCAUGCUACAGAAAACAUUUAUAGUUUGUCAGAGAACUGAGCAAUAUUUUUUCUAACAAAUUAUAGAGGCAACUAACUCAUCUUGGAUUGAAAGAUGACCGUUUUACUCCCAGAUACUAAAAGCCUUGUUACAUCAUGGUUUUGUGUUGCUAUUUACUUGUAUUGCCUAAGGUUAAACCAUUGUUUUUCUAAAUAAUGUUCACGGCUCUGGAAAUUCUCCAAUUUGUGAUGAAAUAGCUUGAACCCGAAAGUCAACAUGAUAGACUUAACAACAACUUUUGGAGGACUUCCACAAGUCUUGAUCAAGUAAAUAAACAGCUAGCGAGAUAGCUAGUUAAAUAAAAACACAACAUGGCAGGUUUUUUUCCAUCACAACCAAGACAAAGAUAUAGUAUGGUUACAUAAAUUUUCUUGGAAAACACUGCAUGAAAAUUCUGUUAAAAUUCAGUUAAUAUGCACAUCAACAGCCGUAUUUUGCUGUGAUUUAAAGAUUACAUUGCAAUAUAUAAUAAAAAAAAAAACUAAACUUUAAAGCAUAAGCUAUUGCACUUAUCUGUUGAACACAUCAUCCAACACCACUGUUACAUCUCUUGUUUUUCAGUUUUAAAAGAUGUAUUACAGUGAAAAGUUCAUGCUGCUCAGCGAGGUCCAACAAUGAGAGCAGUGUUACAUGGAGUUGAGAAACACGAGGACAGUCCACAGGCUCACAGUAUGCAAUAUGCAUGCAGGGGACACUGAGAAGUGUACACAUGAGAAUCACAGUGAUGUGUGUUGUCUUUCAAGGGUCUGACAAAAAGAAAUAUGCAACCCACUCAAAUAACAGAUUCAUGAUGUAUGAGUAAUAAAUAACAUAUAUGCUUUUAUUCCAUUUCAGUUCUGCAUCCAUUUUACUGAUAAAAAAAAGGAUGAGCAAAAAAAGAAAUCCUAAGCAGUCUUGAGCUCUCCUGACUCUCACCAUAAACACUAACAAACACUAUUGACAAAAAUCAUGCUUUUGUUUGUUCUCUUGCAGCAUGCCUAUGUGACUCAGAUUAACAGAUUACAGAAAAGUUCUGCAAAAUGACCACAGACAUCAGCGGUCGUCUUCCUCUCAAUGUCUAUGUCAUCAUUCUUGGGAUAGGCCUCUUCAUCUUCAUGUUGAGCAUGAUCUUCUGUUGCUACCUGUUCAGAUUGAGGCGACAGAGCACACAAGAACAAUAUGGAUAUAAUGAGGUCAUUCUAAAAGGUCCAGGGAAAAAACUGAGUCUUCUUGGACAGACCUGUGCAGUUUGCUUGGAAGAGUUUCGGAGCCGGGAUGAACUGGGGGUUUGCCCUUGUUCUCAUGCGUUUCACAAAAAGUGUCUGGUGAAGUGGCUGGAAAUUCGCAGUGUUUGCCCCAUGUGCAACAAGCCCAUCUGCAGGCUCCAGCCAGAUCCUCAGCAGGGGGCCGAGGGGCCCCAGAACCCCCUGGAGGUGUGACAGAAGAGGGACGUCACUGCUCAGAGAUAGGCAGGCUCUCACACACCUAAGAACAGCGUUAAAAAACACCACAAUACUGGGACGGGCAGGUGGGCAGACUAGUCCCAAAUACACAACAAUCGCCCCUGCCCACCAAUCACCAGAUUUCUCCUGGAUAUGUAGAUGGGGGGAGGGAGGGAAAGUGGGAUUUUCCCAGUGCAACUGAAUUGAUGUGCCGUAUUCUUGGCCAUAAUGUAGCUUGCAGCAAGAUAAAUUGAUGCCUUGUGGACUCCAAACAGACAAAUAUUCAGACCAGGACAGAUGCACAAAACAUGAGGUCUGUAGAAUGUCACUGUGGAAUAUGCGUGAAGUUAAAGAAGUCCUCCUCUAACAGAGACUGUCGUGUUUAGGAAGGCCAAGAUACAGAAUCCAAAGUGAGGAGCAGCUCAGUGACCUAAAGACCUGACCUUAGGCAUCAGUAAGCUCAUCGGAUUUUACUCUUGCCAAUAUUUUGACAUUUGACACUCAUAAAUGUGUUUGCUUAGAGUCAGGGAAGUGUUCUGAGUGCUAAAGGGAACUCAUGGUCUUAAUGAGAACCCAUGCUUUAAUUCAGAAGCCUCCGAGUCAGACUGGAUGAAAUUUGGCCUAAUUUAAGUUAAGGUGGAUGUUUUGUACUGUACAUUGUUAUCAAUAAAAUGUAAAGUUUCUGUGAUGGAA